AUGAAAAAUGAAACAAAAAAUGUCCAAAAUUUACCCAAAGAAUUAAUUUUCGAAUUAAUCCGUUUCAUUCCCUUUAAUUCAAAAUGGGAUAAUACCCUAAUAUCCAAAUUUUUUAAUUUUUUAAUUAUCAAAUUUCAACGAAAAUGGAGAAUUUAUAUAAAUAAGGUAUAUGAUUUUGAGAGUCUGCGUACUUCGGUUGCUCAAGAAUUUAAUGGGAUGAUUGUUAAUCUUAAAGAAAUUGAAGACCCGGGUUCUCGUGUUGGUGUUAAUGAGGUUGAUAAUCUCAACGGCCAACUUGGCUUGGUUUUCGGUCAACUUAACAUAAUCGAGAAACUCAUUCCUUCUCAUAGUGCUGCAAUUAAGUCUUUUAUCGAUUUGAAAACUUGGUCUGCUGGAGGGACGCAUGUGGGCGACUUUGAUACGAAGCAGAAGAAGGUUAUCGAGGUGUUGGAGUUUAUCAAGAAUAAAGUUGUUGGGAAUUUGGGUGUGGGGGAAUUGAAUGCGUUAAAUGGUUAUAUAAUCUGCUUAGCUCAAGGCGUCUUUGAGAUUCUUGAGUACUACAACCGAAAGUGUGCGCAAGAUUGAUGAGGUUUUUAUGAGGAAAACAAGCUUUUUAUUGGUUGAUGAGAGGAGUGGUGGUUUCUUUUUUCGUAUUUGAAUUGACUCUUCGUAAUAUACACCUUCUCAAGUCUAUAUUCCUUUAAAAAUUUUUUGUUAAACUUUCCAAGGCUCUAAUUGAGAGCUGGAUUCUAUAUUUGUAUUUUGUAAAUUCGCUUUAUUUGGCGUUUUGUAUUUUUUCCACUUUGACAUUAAAUCCUCAAAAAUUUUUCAUUUUGUCUUUUUCGAUUUACUAAUUUCAAAAAACAAACCCCUAAAUUUCCAUACCUAAAAAUUACUUUCCUUAACUCAAUCAAAAGGUGGGCCCGGAAAAAUCGAUUUUUCCGGUCACUACUAAAA